AUGGUCGAUUACAGCUCUUGGAUGAAAGAUGUCAACAACGACACAUAUCUAUCAAAACUUUCCAUUCCAGGCACUCAUGAUGCUGCAGCUUAUCACAAGCUUGCUCCACCAUCUGUUCAAUGUCAAGGUGAAGAUAUUUCAGAACAGUUGAAGCAUGGUGUUAGAUUCUUAGAUAUCAGAUUGUCGAAGAAUUUCCUUACUCUGGAUGACAGCAAGAAGAAUGAUUUGAUUUGUUGUCACGGAAACUUUCCAGUGAAAUUGACUGGGGCUGUGAAAUUUACCGACGAAUUGGAAAAUAUUUAUAAUUUCUUGAAAGAUCACAACUCCGAAGCAGUGAUUCUUUCCAUCAAGCAAGAAGGAAAUGGAAGUUGGGAUAACCAGAAUGAUGAGUUUCCGAAAGUGUUCCGCGAUCAUUAUUUGAAAGGACAUGAGGAUAAAUGGUUCCUCAAGGAUGAGAUUCCUAAAUUGGGUGAUUGCAGAGGUAAAAUUGUUCUUUUUAGGAGGUUUGGUGUUAACAACCAGGAUGACCAAGGUAAGUUCGGUAUUUCCGCUUCAAGUUGGACCUACAAUACUGCAUGUGAUGACAGGGGAAAGUUCUGUGUUCAGGAUUACUGCGAAUUCAAGGAUGAGCAGGAUAUUUCCAAAAAGGCUGGAUAUGUCAAGGAUUUACUGAAGAAGGCUGUUGAUUAUAACAACACCAACAGUGAACCUAAGUUGUUCGUGAACUUUUGUUCAGCAUCAAACUUUUUUGACAUUGAUUGCUGGCCGCAUGCAGUUGCCGAAAGCUUGCAGAAGGCAAAGAUCAACGAUGAAUACAAAAAAGGAUGUGGAAUUGUUGUCUUGGAUUAUGUCAACAAAGAAGAUUGGAAGCCUGCCAAGCAAUUGGUUGAUAAGAAUUUCUAA